UCUUGUCGCAGCCAUUGUUAGUUGAUUUCUGUUCGUUUUUCGGGGUGUUUGUCGUUACCUGUCCAUUUAUGUAAACGAAAUAUAAGACCGGUACUCUCUGUGUGGUGUGUAUCAAGAAUAAUUAAUAGGAAUUAAGCUUGAUACUUUUCUCACAUAUCGUGAUAACGAAUAUGUUCAUCCACGACGAAAACGGCGCAUUACGUUGAUUUUUAAUUGAGUUACGGAACUACUGUACACACCUGUAGGUCUCAGUAAAAAAAGAAAAGAUGGGAGAUUCCGAAGAAGAAAAUGAUAAAGACUUGGUGUCUGGCCUUAAUAUCACUGGCUUCCUCUUUGGUAACAUCAAUGACAAUGGUGAAUUAGAGGAUGACAUUCUGGAUCCUGAAGCUAAACAACAAUUAUCUUCACUUAGUCGUCUUGGAUUAAAAUCCUUUAUUAGUGAAAUGAUGCAAAAUGAAUCAGGAAAUGAGGAGAAAGAAGAUAAUGAGGCAGAACAUGAGAACGAGGAGAACGAAGUCGAGAGUGAUAAAGAUGCAGAUUCUAUUGUCAAGUUACCCACUGCUCAAGAUUUCUCCGACAUAAACGAGUUGGCAGAUGAUGCAAAUGAUGAAGCUUACAAGAGCAAUGAGUUUGAUAAGAAAUCAGACAAAGAAAAUGCUGAUUACGAUGCCGAUGAUGAAGAGGUUGUCAGCAAGUUGGAUAAGCAAUUGAUGCCUCCUCCACCUGUACCUGAGGAAAAAGAGAUUUUAACUGAGGAGGAGGCAGAGGCAGUACGUCAGCGUAAACUGGAGACACCACUUGCAGCCAUGUUGCCUUCUAAAUAUGCCAAUACCGAUGUCACUGAAUUAUUCCCAGAUUUUCGCGCCAACAAAGUUCUCAGAUUCUCCAGGUUAUUUGGCCCGGGCAAGCCAAGCAGUCUGCCACAGAUCUGGAGAGGUGUGAGGAAACGACGAAAGAAGAGAAAACAUCAUGAUAUCAGAGACUCCGAUUCUGGUUCUGACCAGGAAGAGAGGAGGAUUAGAUUUAAAGGCUGGACUAUGCACUAUGGCCCCGAACCGACUGCAGACAUGUGUCGUUCAGAUGACGAAGCCAAGCUGCUUUUACCAGUGGAAGACAAAGAGCAAACCGGCAAAACUGGCGAGAUCGGAGAAAAUGGCGACAUGGGACCCAAGGUAGCUGACUGGAGGUUCGGGCCCGCACAGCUUUGGUACGACAUGCUGGAAGUUCCAGAAACUGGGGACGGUUUCAACUAUGGUUUUAAGAUGUUCGAGAAAGAACAAUCGGAUCAAGAAAAAGACAAGUCUAAACAUAAGUCUAAAGACAAGUCUAAAAACGAGGAAAAUAUUAAGGAUGAGGAAUUCGCCGACGACGCAUUCUUAAUGGUGUCGCAGUUGCAUUGGGAAGACGACGUCGUCUGGAACGGAGACGAUAUAAAGCAUAAGGUGAUGCAGAAGUUGAACAGCAAAAACAACGCAGCCGGUUGGGUGCCUUCGAGUGGCAACAGAACCGCGCAAGCUUUCAGCCAACCAGGAAAGGGUGCUCCGGUCACCGUGGCACCUAAUGUCAGGCUGGCCACCUCACAAAUCACAACGCCGCUCCACAUGCAGUCACAAAAGGCUAAAAUGAACAUGGGCAAAGGUAAUCAACAGCAACAACGGGAAGAGAACUAUGAUGACACUUGGUACUCGAUAUUUCCGGUGGAGAACGAGGAACUGGUUUAUGGUUUGUGGGAGGAGGAAGUCAUCUGGGAUCCGGAGAAAAUGAAGAAGAUCCCCAAGCCGAAGAUACUCACGUUGGACCCGAACGACGAGAACAUUGUGUUGGGCAUACCGGACGAUAUUGAUCCGGCCCUUUUGCAUAAGGAUAACGGGCCACAGCCUAAGGUGAAGAUUCCGCACCCGCAUGUCAAGAAGAGCAAGCUACUGUUAGGUAAAGCGGGCGUCAUCAACGUUUUGGAAGAGGACACACCUCCACCACCGCCCAAGUCGCCUGACAGGGACCCGUUCAACAUAUCAAAUGACACGUACUACAUGCCCAGAUCCUCGGAAACUACAUUAAGACUUAAAGUCGGCGGCGGCAAUUUGAUACAGCACAGCACUCCGGUGGUGGAAUUGCGUGUUCCUUUCGUGCAGACGCACAUGGGCCCGAUGCGACUGAGGAACUUUCACAGGCCUCCGUUACGAAGGUUCAGCCACGGUCCACUGGCACACCCGGGACCACAUAGUGUUUUGCCGCUGCUAAAACACAUCAAGAAGAAAUCUAAGCAACGGGAGCAAGAGAGAAUCUCGUCCGGCGGAGGCGACGUGUUCUUCAUGAGAACACCCGAUGAUCUGACGGGUCGGGACGGUGAAUUGGUACUCAUCGAGUUCUCCGAGGAACAUCCUCCGCUUAUGAACCAAGUCGGCAUGUGUUCGAAAGUGAAGAACUAUUACAAGAGGCGAGCCGGUAAGGAUCAGGGCCCGCAGACUUAUAAAUACGGCGAGACAGCGUAUGCUCACACCAGCCCGUUCCUCGGCAUCCUGACACCUGGCCAAAGUAUCCAGGCGGUCGAGAAUAAUAUGUAUAGAGCGCCCAUUUACGAGCAUAAGAUUCCUGACACCGAUUUCUUGGUUAUAAGAACGAGACAACAAUAUUACAUCAGAGAUGUGGACGCACUAUUUGUUGCCGGACAAGAGUGCCCGUUGUACGAAGUACCAGGACCCAACUCGAAGAGGGCGAAUAACUUCGUGCGCGACUUCCUGCAGGUGUUCAUUUACAGACUAUUCUGGAAGUCGCGCGACACUCCUCGGCGUAUUAAGAUGGACGACAUCAAGAAGGCCUUCCCGUCCCACAGCGAAAGUAGCAUUAGGAAAAGACUGAAAUUAUGCGCGGACUUCAAGAGAACUGGAAUGGAUUCCAACUGGUGGGUGAUAAAACCGGACUUCAGAUUACCAACGGAGGAGGAGAUUCGCGCUAUGGUGUCGCCGGAGCAGUGCUGCUCUUACUUCAGCAUGAUCGCGGCGGAACAGCGGCUGAAGGACGCCGGAUAUGGCGAGAAGUUCCUCUUCACGCCGCAGGACGACGACGACGAGGAGAUGCAGCUCAAGAUGGACGACGAAGUGAAGGUGGCACCGUGGAAUACGACGCGCGCCUAUAUCCAGGCCAUGAAAGGGAAAUGUCUGCUCCAACUGGCAGGUCCAGCCGAUCCAACCGGUUGCGGCGAAGGUUUCUCCUACGUCAGGGUGCCGAAUAAGCCUACCAUCAGCAAGGAAGAGCAAGAAGCUCAACCGAAAAGGACGGUGACCGGCACAGACGCGGACUUGAGAAGGUUGUCGCUGAACAACGCGAAAGCGUUGCUGCGUAAGUUCGGUGUCCCGGAAGACGAGAUCAAGAAGCUAUCGCGUUGGGAGGUGAUCGAUGUGGUGCGAACUUUGUCGACGGAGAAAGCAAAGGCAGGCGAAGAAGGCAUGACUAAGUUCUCACGUGGUAACCGCUUUUCCAUCGCCGAACAUCAGGAGCGUUACAAGGAGGAGUGUCAGCGAAUCUUCGACCUGCAGAAUCGUGUACUCUCGUCGAACGAGGUUCUGAGCACAGAUGAGGGUGAGAGCUCUGAGGAGGAUAGUUCAGACAUCGAGGAGAUGGGCAAGAAUAUCGAGAACAUGCUGUCGAACAAGAAGACUAGCACACAGCUGUCGUUGGAGAGGGAGGAGCAGCAACGGCAUGAGCUGCGUAAGAUGUUGAUGGGUGAGGCGCAGGAGCAGGAGAAGAAAGGCAAAGACAGCAAGAAGAAGGAUGACGAGGAGGAUAGUCCGGUCAACAGCUUCAAUGCGCAACAAGGCCGCGUGCUGAAGAUCUACCGUACUUUCCGUAAUCCCGAGGGCAAGGAGUUCACGCGGGUCGAACUGGUGAGAAAGCCGGCCGUAAUCGACACGUACAUCAAGAUCCGCAACUCGAAGGACGAAACGUUCAUCAAGCAAUUCGCCACGCUGGACGACGCUCAGAAGGAGGAAAUGAAGCGGGAGAAACGUAGAAUACAGGAACAGCUGCGUCGCAUCAAGAGAAACCAAGAGAGGGAGCGUAUGUUGGGCGGCCCGAUAGUGAGCAGCGGCAGCGGUGGUGGCGGCAGCGGCGGCGGCGGUGGUCUUGGCAUCGGUGGUGCCAGCGGCAGCAGCUCGAGCAGCGUCUUUGACCGCAACAGUUCCAAUAUCCUGCCCACUCCUGCCUCUUCGACCAGUAUCCUUCCAUUCUGUAAUUUCCAGUCUUCCAAUUCCACAUCAUCCAAACAUCCCAAGCCGGAGGUCUCCCCACCCAAGCGUAAGAAACCUAAACUCAAACCAGAUCUCAAGCUCAAGUGCGGUGCCUGCGGCAACGUCGGUCACAUGCGCACGAACAAGGCCUGUCCGCUUUAUCAGAACAGCAUAACCAACAGCGCGCCUGUGAACGUCGCCAUGACCGAAGAGCAGGAGGAAGAGAUCGAGAAGCAGCUCAACACCGACGACCAGGACUUGGUCAAUGUAGAUGGUACCAAGGUGAAAUUAUCAUCGAAACUUAUCAAGCACGCUGAGGAGAUGAAGAGACGUACGUUGCUGCUGAAAGUACCCAAGGAGGCGGUGAACUCGAAGAAACGUAGGAAACCUCCCACCGACGAUCACUGCGAUUAUUUGAAACGCCAUCAGAGACCGGCUAACAGACGCAGGACAGACCCUGUGGUCGUGAUGUCAACGAUACUGGAGAGUAUCCUAAACGAAAUGAGAGAUCUGCCGGACGUGCAGCCAUUUUUGUUCCCGGUGAACGCUAAAGCUGUGCCCGAUUAUUACAAGAUUAUACAACGACCUAUGGAUCUGCAAACUAUACGGGAGAAUUUGCGGUUGAAAAAAUAUCAGAGCAGAGAAGAUUUUCUGGCGGACGUUAAUCAGAUAGUGGAAAAUUGUAAGACUUACAACGGAAUGAAGAGCUCGUUGACUAUAGCUGCUGUGAGGAUGUUGGACAUAUGCGGCAAGAGGCUGUUCGAAAAGGAUGAUCGUCUAAUGAGACUGGAGAAAGCCAUCAAUCCUCUUCUGGACGACAACGAUCAGGUUGCUCUCACCUUCAUCUUGGACACCGUAAUCAACUCUAAACUGAAAUCCAUGACGGAUGUGUGGCCGUUCAUGAAGCCCGUCAAUAAAAAGAUGGUAAAAGAUUAUUACAAUAUCGUCAAAAGACCGAUGGACCUGGAAACAAUAUCUAAAAAAGUUGCCGCGCACAAAUAUCACAGCCGCCACGAGUUCCUCCGAGAUAUUGAACAAAUCUUGGAGAAUUGUACGCUUUAUAAUGGCAAGGAUUCUCCCUUCACGAAUAAAGCGGAAUUGCUGGUCAAAGUGUGCAAAGAGACUCUGGACGAGUAUGACGAACACUUGACGCACUUGGAAAACAACAUACUGCUCGUACAAAAGCGAGCGAUGGAGCAAGCGGACAUAGAUCCCUCGUGGCUUGGCCCGGACGACGAAGCUAUAGGGGAACCCGAAUCCAGAGACAGUCUGACCAAUUCAAAUCCAUUCGACAAGUCGCACAUGGACGAAUUCGACUUUGUAGACGCAGAUGGUGACAUGGAGGCGGAGGUUGAUAGAGUUUCGAAGAAGAAAGAUAUGCUCGAAGAAGAUCUACAAUUCUCUAGUGAAGACGAAUUCGACGAAGUGCCGUUUGGUGCAGACGAGCAUUCUGAGCACACCGAAAUGGAGACACUGGAGUUAAGCGAGGUCAGGGAAGAAGGAGUUGUGUUGGCGGACGACGAUAGCCAACAAGCUGCCGAGGCGAUGGUUCAGUUAGGUAAUGUCGGUUUUUACAUGGGCGAGCAGCAAUUGCUCCAGCAAGACGAGAGCAUGGAUGUCGAUCCCAAUUAUGACCCGUCGGACUUUCUGUUGGCUGGUUUGCCGGCCAGAGAGGAUAAGGGCGAGAACAAGAUUCAGGACGAUCUAGCUGUUUCCGAGAGCGACGACGACGCUGAGGGCGGUAAUAAUUUGCAAUCCAAGCAGGAGGCUCAGCAGAAUCAACAACAACAGUUGUCGCAACCGGACGAGGAUGUCGCUGGUGAUCUUUGGUUUUAAGCAUAUAUUUGAUGCUUAAAACCUUUUAUUUUAUUAAAAUAACAGACAGUCGAUCUCCUAAGAUUAAGCGUGAGCUUAAGGGAAUCGCGAGUUGAUAAGAUUCUCUACAAGGUAGCGACGAGGAACCGUGAGGUUAAUUGUACAUUAUGUACAUACAUACACAUACGCGCGCGCACGCACACACACAUACACAGUGAUAUGUAAAUAUAGAAUAAAGUACAUUGUAUCUUUUCUAGCUCGGCGGCAAUUCUGCACAAUCAUGUAGUUACAUGCGCAUUACGUUUAUAUUACAAUGUGUUUUAUGUAAAAUGGUUACAUUUAUUAUAAAGGACAUACAUAUCGUAUGCCGUACAUACGCAUGCUUAAAGAUAGAUUAUUUAACGCGUUAGUGAUAUGUUAAAGUUGAUCGUUAAGUUGACAACUACGUUAUUUAUGAAGGUAUACAGCUGAUCGAACCAAACAUGAACAAUUUAACGUGACGCGGAGGUUAAAAUUUUCAUGU